AAAAAUUAAUCACACUUGUAAAAUUUGCACUAAAAAUCCUCCAAAGCCCGAGCUACCUAGGGCUCUCAAAUCCUCCAACUCUACUCACUCAUUUCGCGGCUUUAGGUAUACACACAACAUAACUACAGGGUUUCAAACUUCUCAUCCCUCUCACACACACCAAAAAUCGCAGCCACCACCGUUAACCGGAGAAGCGAACAUGGUAGGUUUCAACUCUCAGUCGUCCUACGGUAUGCAAUCCAUGCUCAAAGAAGGUCACAAGCAUCUCUCCGGUCUCGACGAAGCCGUUCUCAAAAACAUCGAUGCCUGUAACCAACUCUCCACCAUCACUCGCACUUCCCUCGGCCCCAACGGGAUGAAUAAGAUGGUUAUAAAUCAUUUGGAUAAACUUUUUGUGACGAAUGAUGCUGCUACGAUUGUGAAUGAACUUGAAGUUCAACAUCCUGCUGCUAAGAUUUUGGUGUUGGCUAGUAAGGCUCAGCAAGAGGAAAUUGGUGAUGGUGCUAAUUUGACUAUUUCUUUUGCCGGCGAGUUGCUUCAUGGUGCCGAGGAGCUUAUUAGGAUGGGUUUGCAUCCUAGUGAGAUUAUUAGUGGAUAUACUAAAGCUAUUAAUAAGACUGUUGAAAUAUUGGACGAACUUGUUGAGGAAGGUUCAGACAAUAUGGAUGUUCGUGAUAAGGAGCAAGUUGUUUCUCGAAUGAAAGCAGCUGUUGCCAGCAAGCAAUUCGGUCAAGAGGAUACUAUAUGCUCCCUUGUCGCUGAUGCAUGCAUUCAAGUGUGUCCAAAAAAUCCUGUAAACUUUAAUGUGGACAAUGUUCGUGUUGCAAAACUCUUGGGAGGAGGCCUGCGUAACAGUACAGUUGUUCGGGGAAUGGUUCUGAGAAAUGAUGCUGUUGGUAGUAUAAAGAGAAUUGAAAAGGCAAAGGUUGCCGUGUUUGCGGGUGGCGUUGAUACAUCUGCAACCGAAACUAAAGGAACAGUUCUCAUACAUUCAGCUGAGCAGCUAGAGAAUUAUUCAAAAACUGAAGAGGCUAAAGUAGAGGAGCUCAUCAAGGCAGUAGUUGAUUCUGGUGCCAAAGUGGUUGUAAGCGGAGGGGCAGUAGGAGAGAUGGCUUUACAUUUUUGCGAGCGUUAUAAGCUUAUGGUUCUGAAAAUCAGUUCUAAGUUUGAACUGCGUCGAUUUUGCCGUACAACCGGUGCUGUUGCUAUGUUGAAGCUUAGUCAACCAAAUCCAGAUGAUCUUGGAUAUGUCGAUUCUAUUUCAGUUGAGGAAAUUGGUGGUGCAAGGGUUACAGUUGUUAAAAAUGAAGAAGGUGGCAAUUCUGUGUCAACUGUUGUCUUGAGAGGAAGUACUGAUAGUAUACUUGAUGAUAUUGAAAGAGCAGUUGAUGAUGGAGUGAACACUUACAAGGCCAUGUGCAGGGAUAGCCGUAUUGUGCCUGGAGCUGCUGCAACUGAAAUUGAGUUAGCUAAGAGGGUGAAAGAAUUUUCUUUCAAGGAGACAGGAUUGGAUCAGUAUGCUAUAGCAAAAUUUGCUGAAAGUUUUGAGAUGAUUCCUAGAACAUUGGCAGAGAAUGGUGGGCUAAAUGCAAUGGAGAUUAUAUCUUCUCUCUAUGCAGAACAUGCAUCAGGAAACUCCAAAGUUGGCAUUGAUUUGGAAGAGGGUGUUUGUAAGGAUGUCACAACAACACAUGUUUGGGAUCUCUACGUGACUAAGCUUUUUGCUCUUAAAUAUGCUGCUGAUGCUGCAUGCACUGUUCUACGGGUGGACCAGAUUAUCAUGUCUAAACCGGCUGGGGGACCUGGCAGGAGAGAGCAACCUGCUGGCAUGGACGAAGACUAAAACUGAGAACUGUCUUGACAUGGUCAUGUUUGUAUCUCAACAUGAUGUCCUACUUACACUUAGCAACAUCAUUUGGGCGUCUAGUUUUCUUUAUGUAAUGGGAGCUUAACAAAUUUUGAAUUUUGAUUUUCCAUGGAAUGUAAGGAAUGUGAUAUGUAAAUUAAAUGCCAGUCCCCCUUUUAGAUUGCUGGUGUUCUUUUGUUGUGAGCUGUUUUUGUUUACACAUAAUUUGUAAGGACAUAUUAUUGUUACGAGUGAUUUUUUUUCCUGUA